GGAAGGGAAAGUAAGAAAUAGGGGUACGCUGAGAUUUUUAUCACGCGGGACAAGCACACCAAAUAAAAGCACUACAGCACCCAUUGGAGAAACUGAAUCUAAAUUUAAGAUUAGCCUAAAAAAAUAGCGUCAGCCUGUUUAUUAUGCCAAACCAGAUUUAAAUAGGAUGUCUUUGCACUGAAUGCUGGGAAAUGCAGUUUUGAUGCUGCUGGCGCGUUCUGUUUACGACAGAAACUACAACCCCCAGGGGCCACCGCGACGUUGGCUGCAGCUGCCCACCAACGGUUCUAGAGGCAGGAGUUGAUCGAGAGCGACCAUCUGAUAAUGAAUUCAGAAUUAAUACAUAGUAUAGUGGGAAGCUAUCUUAAACCUCCAGAAGAAGUAUUUGCUCCAUCAUUCACCCAGGAUGAAUCAUCUCAGAAUUGCCACACUGUGAACUUAGAAGUUACCUCUCCUAAAAUGCUUCAUAGCCCAAAUAACCAAGCUCUCAUUUUGGCCUUAAAAACUCUUCAGGAAAAGAUUCAUCAUUUAGAGCUGGAGAGAACACAAGCUGAAGAUAACCUGAAUAUUCUUUCCAGAGAAGCAGCACAGUAUAAAAAGGCCUUGGAGAAUGAAACAAAUGAGAGAAAUCUGGCACACCAGGAACUGAUAAAGCAGAAAAAAGAUAUAAGUUUACAGUUAAGCUCAGCCCAGUCUCGUUGUACUCUUCUAGAGAAGCAACUAGAAUAUACAAAGAGAAUGGUUCUCAAUGUAGAACGAGAAAAGAAUAUGAUCUUAGAACAACAGGCCCAGCUUCAAAGGGAAAAAGAACAAGAUCAGUUGAGGCUGCAUGCAAAACUUGAAAAGCUUGAUGUCUUAGAAAAAGAGUGUUUUAGACUGACAACAACUCAGAAAACUGCUGAGGACAAGAUUAAACAUCUAGAAGAAAAACUUAAGGAAGAAGAGCAUCAUCGUAAGCUGUUUCAAGACAAGGCUUCAGAGCUUCAAACUGGACUUGAAAUCAGUAAAAUUUUAAUGUCUUCAGUUUCAAAAUCAAAACUCUCCAAGGGAAAAAAGAAAUCUUCAAAGAAAACGAAAUGUUUUAAAAGAGGACCACCUCAGCAGAUUUAUGCAAAACUUAGAGAACUGCCUUUUGAGGCCGAAAAGUCUGCAGCCUGCCCUGUGAAUGCAAGCAUGCACAGCCUUCUGAAGAUGAUGAAUCAUUGUAGCCAACAUAGCCUUCAGAAACCUGAGAUGACUGAGCCUAGAUGUCUUUACAGACCUACCAGAAAAACUUCACAGUGUAAAGCUGUAUCUCAGGACUCAGAAAAGUCCAUUUCCAUUUGUGAUAAUUUGUCUGAACUUUUGAUGGCAAUGCAAGAUGAGCUGGACCAUAUGAGUAUGGAGCAUGAAGAACUACUGAAACAAAUGAAAAAAACUAAAAGUCGUUCAGUCUGUGAUGACAUAGAAUGUGAACUAGAGCAUUUAGUGAAGAAAAUGGAAAUUAAAGGAGAACAAAUUUCCAAACUGAGGAAACAUCAAGACAAUGUUCGUAAGCUGCAGCAAAAAGUUCAAAACUCAAAGAUGAGUGACACUUCAGGUAUUCAACGAGAAGACAGCAACCUUAAAGGAUCAAAGAACAUUAAAAAUAGCCCCAGAAAAUGUUUGAAUGAAACUAACCCUUUUCAGAAAAACAACUUUCAACCAGUACAAGUUCGUAAUCUUCAAAUGAAAUUAAGAAGAGAUGAUAUCAUGUGGGAACAGUAACACAGUAGCCAAACCGUCACCUAAAAUGAACUUUGUCAGUAAGAUCCUGAAUUGUCUAAAGUGUUUUUAAUUUAAAAUAACUUUGUGAAAUUUUGAAUUAUGUUUCUGGUCUCUAUAGAACACGAAGUUGUAUACUUUAAAAUUAAUGCCUAAUGAUCUACUGAGAGUCCCAAAUAAUAAAUGAUUGCCCUUUUCCCCCUUAUUUUCCAAAGUCUCUAACCUAAUCAUGCUUUAAGAAUAUUGUUCACUUUGCAGAUAUCUUUAGCUGAAUCUAAAAAUGUGUACUGGAUUGACAAUAUUCAAAAUUGAGUUAAAUCUGAGUUACAAGUAUGUUCUACUUAUUCAUUUACUAAGCUUAUGACCUUAAAAACCAAUGUUAAAUGAACAGAGGAUGUGUAGGUCUUUUAAGUUUCCCGAUGGUGCCUCCCUAACAUGUUUUAAAACUGUAAAAUAUCUUUCUUUCUUGGAAAGGGAAAAAGUUAAUAGUUCUAUAGUUUUGUGAAGAAGACUUUAACCUGUUUUAUGUGAUGAUUAUAAAUAGGAACCCAUAGUUAUUUAAUUUAUAGAAGACAGUAACUUAGCUGCAGAAGCUUUCCUCUGCUAUUCCCAUUCUCUUUUACAAAUCUAGUUUUUGUCUUCCAAAACCAGUUGAUCAAUUUUGUAUUGGACUAGGGAUAUAGCUCAGUGGAUAGAGUGCUUACCUCACAUACACAAGGCCCUGGGUUCAAUCCCCAGCUCCACAAAAAAAAAAAAAAAAAAAAUUAUUUUUCAUAACAUGUU